CUUUGUCUCACGUUUCCUUCGCUUUCAGACUUUUUGUGUGGAUGCUAGAAGCCCACGGGCCUGUCGGUGUGUCUCGCUGUGGGCCGAACACGAGAGUUUAAACAAAGGUUCGGUCCUCUUGUUUGUCUGAACGCGCCGAACGUUCCCGAACUUGUUCCCGGCGCUCGGGAACUUUUCCCUUCGUGUCCAGCACGAAGAAAGACGCGGGGAGCGCUACUGUGACCGCAGCCGCCUCGGUGCCAAGCGCUGCUUUUACGCCUUAAAGCGUUUGAAACAGUUUGUUGAACUUCUGAUGAGAUGUUGUGAUGAAGAUGUUGUGAUGAAGAUGUUUGAUGACGAGAAGCUAAACGGGAUCUGUGGAGCAGCUGGGAGGAGCCCGGACACACUGAUGCUUCCAUGUUGCCUCAGAUUUUAGGAGCAGACUUAGAACAGCAGUCAGUGUUGUGGCAAAUAUUCAGAGGAACCAAACCAUCUGUUAGUUUCACGGCAAACGCGUCGUGUCUUUGCUCUCGGUCUCCGUGGACAGUCUGUGAGGGAUGGCUAAAGGAUGACGCCAUCAGAAACACGUACAAACGCGCACUCUCCACGAAGUUCGCGUUUCUUCUGUCUGCUCCUCACAAUGCCUCCAUCUGUUACUGCGUGUUCACGAUGCCCCGUGAGAUUUACAUUACCCACGCCACGCAUGACUCGCUGCAUGGAGGGACUUCUGCAAACUUGGGAUUUGAAAGUCCGCCAAAAUGAAGUAAAGGACUUUCGAGAGCGUUGAUUUGAAAACACAUCUUUUGUGUAAGCAUGAGAAGUUGGUGGGCACGCUGCCAGUCUGCGUGUGUGUGGACGAGUUAGUGUUUUUGGCUGUUCGUGUGCCAGGACGUUUGUUUGCCUUUGGCCUCGUCUUCUGUCCUGUCAGCAGUCUGAGAUUUUAAGAACGAAUGACACGCGGAACCAAAGGUAGAUGUUCCCCAUGCAGCCAAAGUAUGUGCUUCUGGAACACAGAAUGACACAGAUUUAUAAAGCAGACCUAUUUUUUUAUUCAGUACGACCCAAAGUCAGUGACAGAGCCCAAAAACAAAGAAGGAAGAUGCUCACAGACUGCAAGAGAAACGUUUUCCCAUGAGCUUAUUUUAAUCAAUAUUUCGAUCACCACAGUCAUCUGGCUGCAGAUUGAAGACACUUUUUCCCACCUGGAAGUUCCAUCCGUGUUUCCCGUCUACAGCUGAUAAAAACGCGAUGUGGCAAAGCCAGCGUGCCAGUUUCAGAGUUCUCUUCCCAGGUUUCAUCAGAGGAUGAACUUUAGGCUCUCUGGUGAUGUCACUGCAGACGCUUCCCUACAAGCACACAACCUAUGUGUGUCAGUCUUAACAUGAACAAACAAUUAGUCCUUGUGACCUAAAUCAGUCUCCUCAGAACUUAAGCUCAGCAUCUGGAGAUGCAGGUGAGCAUGUGAAGCUCCAUCAGACUGUUUCUGAUGAUGGACAUUAUGAAAGCAGCUGCUGGUUAGCUUUGACUGUUGGUUAGCUGCUAAUGCUGUUUGAGUCACAUUCAUGGUACAGACUGUAACCGAGUCACAUGGCUCUGUGCUGUGCCAAAACACAGGACAUACAACAGCAGCCAUAGAAACCGUAGACUUGUACACUGCAGCUAGUCUCACGUCUGUCUGACACUCGGCGAGCAUCAACUUCUGUUUGGACGGUGGACAGCUUUCUGAUUUUGUGUGUUAACCUUCAGUGUAAGAAAAACGCCUCCUGGGAUAUUACCUGGUACACAGCUGUCACUGCUCAGCACAAACCUCAGUAUCAGAGCUUCAGCAAAGGAAAUGCAUCAAUCAGCUUCUGUUGCUCUUCACCAUGAAACAAAGAAACACAGAGUGAACAUGAAGCAACCGGUUUAAGAUUGCUCAAAAAUAUGACCCACAGAAAGAGGAGGAGCUCCGUUUCUGGAUUGAAGAGGUGACCGGAAUGUCUAUUGGAGAGAAUUUCCAGAAAGGCUUGAAGGAUGGGGUCAUCCUCUGCGAACUGAUUAAUAAGCUGCAGCCUGGUUCAGUGAAGAAAAUCAACCUUUCACAGCUCAACUGGCACAAGCUGGAAAACCUCGGGAAUUUCAUAAAAGCUAUCCUGGCCUACGGCCUGAAGCCCAAUGACAUCUUUGAGGCCAAUGACCUGUUUGAAAACGGAAACAUGACUCAAGUCCAGACAACACUACUCGCACUGGCUAGCAUGGCUAAGACUAAAGGCAUUGACACAAAGAUCGAUAUCGGAGUGAAAUAUGCAGACAAACAAGCUCGACACUUCGAUGAUGAGAAGAUCAAGGCUGGCCAGUGUGUCAUCGGGCUGCAGAUGGGAACAAACAAGUGUGCGAGUCAGGCUGGAAUGACUGCGUAUGGAACGAGACGACAUCUGUACGAUCCAAAGACUCACACUGACAAACCUUAUGACCAGACUACCAUCAGCCUGCAGAUGGGCACCAACAAAGGAGCCAGCCAGGCGGGCAUGCCGGCCCCCGGUACUCGCAGAGACAUCUUUGAUCAGAAAGUGGCCGUGCAGCCGCUGGACAACACCACCAUCUCUCUGCAGAUGGGCACCAACAAGGUGGCGUCUCAGAAAGGAAUGAGCGUGUACGGGCUGGGCCGCCAGGUUUACGACCCCAAGUACUGCGCCCCCCCCACCGAGCCGGUCGUCCACACUAACGGCAGCCAAGGCACCGGCACCAAUGGUUCCGACAUCAGCGACAGUGACUAUCAGGCUGAAUUCCACGAGGACGAGUACCACGCCGGCUACCACCACGACUACCAUUACAACGAUCAGAACAUCUGCUAGUCGGGCUCUCCACCUGUUAGCAGAUGUGUUUUAUCACUGCAACAGAGCAAGUCUUUUGCUAUCGCUAGUCUUUUUAUUCUCUGUUAUCUGAAACGUUGCUUUGUAUUUCAUCUUCACCUAGACUUUGAUCUCAGCUCCAAAGUUUGUAAGACGUAGCAUAGAAUCACCACACGCACACAGUGGCAGAUGCUGUUUUUAAGCUAAUAGCCUCUUUUAUAAAAGAAAUGAUGGCACACUGAUGUAGAGAUGCUGCUGCCGAUGAAUCCGAUGAAUCCCGCGCAUUCCUUAAUGCUGCUGAUCCAUUCGUCGGCUCCAAGAGCACGUACCUCGUUUGGCGUUCAUGCUAAUGGCUAGACCGGAGUAGUCCUGAAUUUCCAGCCUCCCUUUGCUCUUUGUUGUUUUGUGCCCUCUUGUUUGGCCGAGCUGUAUUUAUGUGCAGUGUCCCAAAGUAAAGCAGUCUGCUAUUCACAAUGAAAACGACAUGUUAUAAAUAAAGUUUUAAAUCUUUAAUGUUAAACCUGGACCACGCACUAAUCCCAGCCUAUAACAUGCUUCUACUGCUAACAUGGAAAUCAGGUCACGUCUGUGGAAAGAGGCUCCGAGCGUGCAGUUGUGAGGUGAAGCGCUCGCUCUGAUUGGAGGCUGACAUCAGCGCUCGUAGUUGGGGAACAGACUGUAACCACUCCCCCACACAGGUACGGUGCUAACAGGCGUCGUCUGUGACAAGAGUGUGUGACCCCAAAUGUAAUCAUCUGUAGAUCCUAAUAGGAGAUAUUCAGAGUACCUGAAUCGUAUGAUGGCAACGAUGGACCGGUGCACGGUACUUUAACAAUCAAAGCACUAUUUGUAUUCAGAGCCUGAAUCACACACACAUUCAUACAGAUGCUUUAUUCUGUGCUGAAGUACUUUCCACCUCACGUGCAUACACAGAGUCAUCAGAGGCAAUUUGGGCUUCGCCAAAUUGCCCAAGAACAUGUUGCAUUUACGUGGGAGAAGCCAGGAAUUCAACCAACAACCUCCCGAUUGGUAGCACCGGCUCCCUAGCAGCAGCUGUUCCUAACAAGGACUAAAGUACCCUCCUCUUCAGGUCCGGGUUUCAUCCUAUUCCCCCUGUGGCUGCUUUCUCUCACUGCACAGACACGUGUGCUAGGUUGAAGGAAUAAUGUGGUGUCCCUGCUGGAAUGACCGAUCCAGGCUUUCCAGCCUCCCUGAACUCAAAGAUGUGUGUAGCUAGUCGAUGUAGUGUGCAGUAGACGCUGUUAAACAGUACAGGAAUGUUACUCUAUUACUACUUUUUAUCUGGGGAGUAUAUCAUGUCUACAUUUAUGUAACAAUGUAGCGUUGCAAACAUGAAAGGAAGAAGUGAAAAUAAACCCUGUAAAUUCCAACAA